AAGAAAGCGUUUCGACCUCGCGUUCAGCCAGUUUUCUUCAAACACAGUUCAACGAAGGACCGCAUUUCACAUUUAUUUAUUUAUUUUUUUAACAACACGACGUUUGUAUUAUAUUUUGUACAGGAAGUCUUAAAAAAAACAAAAAUUCGAUCAUAUGUUGAUGAGGUGUUCAAUUUUCGUCAGAGGCCACUUUCACAAUUCGUCAUGAUCGUAGCGGGAGUGAAACCCGUUGUAAUGUGACCAAUAGUUCGUUUGCAGUGUUUCUGUGUUUGUUUUUCUGUUUUCUGUUGUUGAAAAGUGCAGUGUGAGAAGAACUGUGGGCGUGAUUUCAGCCCCGAACUGCAUCGUAAUCGAUAGUGUUUUCAAGCAACGUUGCCACGUCACGCAAUUGAACUGACAACGUCGCACAGCUGACCGGGACAUCGUACUUUGUUAUUUGUUGCGAAUUUCCUCGGAGAAGAAAGGACACUUCAGAAGUGUGUUUGUGCCAACAAGAAGGGGAUGGUGUACUUGUUGGAUGACUGGGGUAUGGGAGAUACUGAAACCCGCAACCGGAAAUAUGCGGAACCAUCUCGGGACCUCCUCAGACGUGACCAACAUGUUGAUGGCUGUGAUGAAGUCGACUUACAUCCACUUAGCAAUCAAGUCGGAGGCCACACGCGUCUCAUGGUGCUGAACCCGAGCACGAUCUGUAAGCCCCUGAAUUACAGAGAGUUGGAUUUUUACCAGAACAUUCAGGACCAAGAUAUCAAAAUGUUUGUACCGAAAUAUAAAGGGGUUAUGCAGGCGACGCUUUGUAGCGGAGGCAAAAUCGAAAAACGCUACAGUCCCAGUUUUCGAGAUGAAUCUUCCAGAAGUAAGACUGACCGCAAGAGAAAGCGAGAAGAUGUUUUGAAAAUGAGGAUCCACCACACGGGCAACCCCAAAGACGUCCUGAAAAGCAUCUCGCAAUCAGACAAUACGAACAAGCAAUACUUCCUAAUGUUAGAAAAUAUCACGUCCCACUACACGCAUCCGUGCAUCCUCGACCUGAAGAUGGGCACUCGCCAGCACGGCGACGACGCUUCGGCCGAAAAACGUUCCAAACAGAUGGCAAAGUGCGCCGCAAGCACUUCGGCAUCGUUGGGGGUGCGUUUGUGCGGAAUGCAAGUGUAUCAAGCGGCGUCCGAAAUCUACUACAAAAAGGACAAAUAUUGGGGAAGAGAGUUGAACGAAGAAGGUUUCAAAAAUGCCUUGUGUACGUUUUUCGACAACGGAUUCGGACUUAGAGUCUCCGUGAUACAACAAGUGAUCUCAAAAUUGGAGCAGCUGCGAAGGGUUAUCGAGAAGCAAAGCUGCUACAGGUUCUAUUCGUGCUCUUUACUUAUAGUAUACGAAGGCAACGGCGGCAUUCCGCUCCUAAAGCCCGAACCCUGCCUGGAGCCCCUCUUCUGCGAGAGCGACUGCACUGAAGAAAGCAGUCGGGAAGUCCCCUGUUGCUACGAUGCCGACACCAGCAACUCCUCUGCCGACUUCAACCUGAGCCAAGACGAAGUCUCGCAAGACUCCCACCAUCGUGGUUUCGGCGAGGCGGCGGCUCGCGGCGCCAAAUACGCCAACUUCUACCCCAUUUCCGAAGAGACAGUAUUCCUGGAUUCACCCCCGACUAUACCCACCAUCACCACAAGCAGCCCCCUCUCCAUCGACAGCUGGAUGAUGUACUCGAACAGCAGCAGUGACGAAUAUUCGAACUUGAACGGGAUGAGCUCGAAUGAAGACACGUCCGAUUUUGAGCCGUGUCUGAAGACAAGUCUUCAGUUCGGCCCUUUGGAGCUGGACGAUGAAGAUGAAGAGUUGGCUGCGACGGUGUCGCACAAGAACGCGACCAAGAGGUUAAGGGUGAAGGAAAGGGCAGGGAGGGGGGCGCCGGCCAACGUUGAUGUGCGCAUGAUCGAUUUUGCGCACACUUCGUUUAUAUCGACGAGUGACGAAGGGUCAAGUGGCGUUGUGCACCAAGGGCCAGAUGGGGGUUUCCUGACAGGUUUGGACAGUUUAAAGCGGUUAUUGUCGCAGAUUUUGGCCGAAGGGUGAGAUAAAGAAUCAUCGCAAUGCUCUGUAUUUAACAAUAAAAUUUUAAACAUCAAAAUUUUGAUGGUUAUUUAGCCUGGUGUUUAGACUUUCCAGAUGGUGUAAAUAGGACGUUUAGUAUUUGUUACGUUUUAAUUUAUAACAGUAUUCUUGUACAAAAUUGUAGGAUAAAAUUGAAUGGAUAUUUUCAUAUUCCCUAGAGGUAUGAAAGUUUUUCAUUUUCUCUUUUUUCAUUUUAUUCUGUGAUUCAACUUGUUUUAUUUUUUAUGGCAGAGUGGGUGAGUGGAUGAGCAAUUUCUAGACAUUCCAGAAUUUGUGUAGAGUUAACUUAACACGCUUGUAUUCAAAAUGAAUUUCAGAAAUUCAUCCAUGUUGAACAUGACGCUGUUGUAAAAAAUGAAUUUGUUUCAUAUUGUUGCUCUUAUAAUUCCCAAAGUGGGACCAUUGGGUAUAUUUGAAUGUUUCUGAUGUUAUGGUUUUUACAAAUUACGGGAUAUGUUUAGGAAUUUGAGCGAAUUGUGAUGUUUUGUGUUCAAACUUGUACUAUUGUUAAUUUAAAAAUAAAACACAAGUUGCAUAA